CAAGACCGCAACGCUUCCGCCCUGUCUGCAUCGUCCACGCUCAGGUUCCAGCUAGGCCCAUGUAUCGGGCAAAGGACGUUUUUGAACGCCGGGGAGCAGCAGCAGGGGACGGCUACCGUUCUUCCUGCGCUUUUCUUCACCUUGUCCUUCCCGCAAUGGACUAAGAGCUGGCCACCAACCAGCUCGACAUCAGCAUUGGUGGCCUCGCGCAGUGAUGCAUCACGCCACCCCAGGUAGAUCGGGAGCACCAGAAUCGUACGCAUCGGCUGCGGGAGCCGCACCAGCUCCCUCACACAGAAGACGCGCGCCUGCGUGGGCAAAACUCCACUCAACUCCUUCACGACGGAGUUUUUCAGCUGUUUGAAUCGGCGCUCGAAGUGCACCGAUUCUUCAAGUCGGGAUCUGCUAGCCUCGUAACCUACCGCCGCACUGAGGUAGUUCAGUGCUGACGCAUACGGUUUGCUAACGAGGAACUCAGCGUAGUCAGUCAGCGCGUCCACCGUGAUCACUGCAUCCAUCAAACCACUCCCCUGCUUGUACUGCUGCCACAGCUUGACGUUGCAGUUCGUGGUGUAGUCCUUCUUCAAAGAAACGGACUUUAUCACGCCUUUAAACGGUGCGGAGGAGGACAUCUUGCUUUUGCUCAGCACGUACAGAUUCAAAACCAACUUCAAAAGGAGAAUGCGUACUAGUAGCUUUAAACUAUCAGCAACUGUAACAGAUAGCAACUAUUUCUGAUGUAAUUUCUGUCAGCGCUCAUCUUUUGCAACCCAAGUAUGCUUUACACAUCGGCUCACUCAAGCAACGACAACGACCAGCGAGUGUAGUUUCAUUUCAACGAUGGCAAUAACGAUUUGACGACAUCAGUCGAGCGAUGUACGAUAGAAGCAGACUAUCAUUCGUCAUGCUUCAUCGACGAAAAUACGACUCACGAGAGAAAAGAACAAGCUUCAGCACCAUCAGGAGCUUAAGGGUCUCUGCACUCCUGGCCCAAGCAUCAGCAGCGGGCAACACACACUAUCAACAUCAGUCAGCUACAGCUACAACUUGCAUCGGGAACCAAAGGAUACGAGGAAAUUAUUUAUCAUCACAUUCUGUGUUGCGUAAAAGGGAAGAGGACGAUUUCACGAAGAUUGGCUCGAUUGCCCGAAGGAGCAGCUCCCGGGAAUGCAGUCGGGGUCCACGAGAACGCCUUUCAGGAAAAAGGCGACUGAGGUUUUGAGGUUGAGACAGAAGGACUAGCUUCCUCAUUGGCAGCUGUCUGCUGUAAUUGUGUAGAAAAAGAGGUCGGUCGACCAUUUGGGAUCAACUGCUUUUGUCGAUAGAAGAAGAGGCUUCUUUAGGCCAGAACUACACCGCAACUGAGUCUGUUGCUGGUUGGAAGUUCCUACGGCUUUUGGCUAAGGCGAAGGCGCCACGCAGCGCGCCAAGCCUAGGCUUGGGAGCGGUUGCUGUUGGCGAGGAUAAGGAAAGAAAUGGCUUGUGAAGAUAGUGUUGCCACUAUCGAACGCCAAUCCCUCCCUGCGGUCGCUAGAAUAAUGAAAGUGAAGAAACUUCUCGGGUGUAAGUCGUGCUGAGACAAGUGGAGCGGUUUUGUGCUCUCGCUAUCUAAUGCCUCCUCAAAGAAAUCUUGCGUGGUAGCAGGAAACGCCGCGUGCGUGUGUCGAAUGUACUUAGAAAAGAAGUCGAAUUAGACCGAGACUGGGACCAGUGGUCGACUGAAAGCUUUGAGCUUGUACGAGUCUGAAAGCCGGCGAGGCUGUUGACCUCGCUAGGAAAGCCGCACAGGAAUCGCAAAGCUUUCUGGACGCGGAAAGCAUUGCAGUUCUUCUGUUGUUUUGAUCUAUCCGCCGCCGCUCUGAUUUGUUUAUCAGCAGCUGAAAAUGCAGGCAGACAUUAGCUUUGGAACUUGGACCAGGUCAAUACAGGAAGACCCCCCAGUCCGUAUGCUUUUGUCCUUGGGGCCAAUGUGGUAACUUUUCCGAUGUGGAAGCUGCGCGUAGUCGCUUGAACCACGGAGGAGAUUUGUUGCAUUUGCUGGGUUUUAUUGGAGGAUGUCUGCUCAGGACCUUACCGGAAAUUUUCGCGCGAUGCUGAUGAACCCCUUUGCAGGUUCUAGCAGUUUCUGGGUAGAGGUUGCAUUCCGCUUUGAAGCGAAGGACUCAGAUUUAUUUUCAGACAUUGGGAGUAUUAGAGGCUAUAUUUCCUCCUUUCUGAUUUGUCUUCUGCGCUGGGGUGCAUUUCCUCGAGUAGCCUGGUAGCCUUAUCCCUAGAAAUUCGGUUCGCGAGUGCUAGUAUCAGCAUGCGACUAUUUUGAAAAAGGGCACCAGAGGCAGUUGGUCGAGGUUCUUUCUCGAUUUUGCGCAUGACAAACCUAGAAUAUAGAUGGGUCUAGAGGAUCAGCAGUAGGAUCAUGAGUAGGAUCACACCACUAGGAUCCACACACAGGGACACACUACAACCAUGGCAAUGGAUACCAAUGGAACACAGUGCCAGAAUGGCUUCAGGUAUGAAGCCCGUAGUAUGAAUCACAUCCAUAACUCCGUAGUACCAUGAGGGUACCUAGUUAGCUUAGUAGUGUUCUCUCUGGUAGGACGGCAUGUAAUCGCUCAUGCGACAGUCCUUGACGUUGACACGUCCACUUAAAGGGAAGAGGACGAUUUCACGAAGAUUGGCUCAGGAGAGUCGCGAGGUCGGGAGAGUCGCGAGAGAGCGAGAGAGCUUUUGAAUUUAAAUUAACCAACCUUUACGUUUUUCGAAUUCGACGCAAACUCUUGAAUUUCGACGUCAUCUCCAAUCGCAAUGUCGUUAUGCAGUUUCGCACGUGAGAAUGAGAUCCGUCAGUUGAUUGUUGCUUCAUCCGUGGUUCUGCUACAUGUGCCUCUGAAGGUCGUCCUCCAAGAUGAUCCAGGCUACGAUACUGGUAGAAGAUCACACGACGGAGGUAGAAGUCAACAAAGCAAGUACGACGAGACAGAUCGAUCCAUUUACCUUCUACGCAGGUAUACGAUCAUGCUAGAUAGAAAUCAUUCUCGUAACUGCAGCUCCUUGUUGUAUGAAGCUUUGCUAUUGUUGCCAUUUCGUCUGCAGCUUGACAGGAUCCCGAUGAAGCUCUUCGUGUUCGUCCAAAAUAAACCGACACUAUUCAAUACCACAGAUGCAUGCAGAUAAGAAAGAAGCUGGAACACGUGCACCAUGUUCAUCAUGCUGCCGUUGACCGCUUCCAGAUUUGUGUAGAUCGUACGUGUGUCGUAGAAAACCAUUCUGAUAUCAUCUUCGGAACACUUUUUCUAUCCUGAGACGGAGACGCUAUUUCAACUUUUGGAACACCGAUCAACAGGGGUGAACUUGUUGAAAAACCACGACUGACAAUUCGAAUUCCUACCCACCUUUUACGCCCCGCUGACGCUGAGGAUCCAUCACUACGAAAUCAUAAUCAGAUCAUCAGCAUCAUCCUAAUAUCGAGCAACACCAUUCUUCUUGAAAAAACCAGUGCCGCAACAGUAGUAGCAGUCAAGAAAGAGCGUUCUUGAAUGUCAUUUUUGAAGAUCUGCAAUGCCAAUGCUACGGUACUAGCAGAAGAUCACCUCGGAAGAAAUCAACUUUAAUAAUAAGAUUUCGUCUCUUCUUCAAGGCGCGCUCUUGUUACCUAAACCGUUCCAAUACCGUUUGAAAAAGGGUCGUAGAUCAUUUUCUUACCCCUAACAAGAUCAUGUCGUCUUCACCAAGCAGAGAUUUCGAUCUGCCCCGCGGCGGCCCGGCGGUCUCUGACACCUCCGACUGUGAUCAGUCCGAGGAUGAGCGUGCCUACCAGCGACGGCUGCGGAUGGAGGAAAAAGCGAGGAAUUUGCAUUUAAAGGGAAGAGGACGAUUUCACGAAGAUCGCCGCGCCAGUGCAGCGGCGACUUCAGCAUCUGGGUACCCGUCAUCACCCUUGUGCUUGUGCUUGCAGUUCUGGCGGUCCGGGCACUGGCCAUCCUGGGAUUGUAAUUGGUAGAUGAUCGCACUAGGUCACAGAGGUCAGUCUUUUAAGCAAGAAGAAGUAGCAGCAACAUCAUACAUCUGCAUGGUCAACUAAAGAAUCUCAUCGCUGCGUCACCUGAUAAUCAUCUACAAACAUCUUUAUCAACAUCUUCAUUCAUCAGCAACACAGGGGAGGGGGUAAUACCUUCACCUCCUUGUGGCAGAUGCCCUUGGGCAAGAAGAGGUAGGUCUUCGGUCCGGUCGGGGCACCGCUAAACGGCUGCGGGGACUGCAUCUGGGCGGCGCUGGCAGUCGGGGCCUGCACCUGCUGGCCGUAUCCGAACGGGGCACCAAAUCCCUGGAACCAGAAACGUGGUUUCCACGAUUCUGGUUCUUCGAGCCAGCACCGGCACCGGGGGUGGUGGAAGUCCCAGCGUUCAUCUUUUUCAACAACCGCUGCUGCAUCUGGUUGUUGAACAUCGCCAUGAAAUACUCCGGAGACUUGUCGCAGGUCGCAGAGUACUGCUUGAAAAACACCUGGAACAUCGUCUGCAGGCACCAAAUGCAGUCCGAGGAGUCAUACAGCCGCACGUGGUUCAGGAACUUCUCGCACUCGUUCCGCGACAACAAGCCGCUCAGCUCCGCUCGAAGUGCACCGAUUCCUGCAGCUUGCUCCUGCUUGCCUCGUAGCCAACAGCGGCGCCGAGGUAGUUCGCAGCGGAUGCGUAGGGCUUGGAAACCAAGAAUUCAGCAAAGUCCGUCAGCUCAUCCACCGUAAUGGUGGCACCGUCAGUGAUCCCAAAAUCGGUCUUGAACUGCAGCCACAGCUUCACGUUGCAGUUGCUGCUGUAGUCCUUUCGCAAGGACACAGACUUUUGGACGCCUUUAAACGACAUCCUUUUCUCAACUCUAGUAGAAGACUUUUAGACCACAGAUUCAGGUAGCAUCAGUAACUAUGUCCAUAACUAGUGAAACAUCGACACUUCACGAUUUGCACGGACAACUACUCAUCACUCAGCCUCAUCAUCUCUCUUACUUAGACGACGAUAAUGCGAAGUGUGACACGACUGCGAUGGCAACGACAGCAUGGCAUACGACAACAAACGAUCAACAGGCUUCAACGACAGUGACAACGGAUUUUUAGUAGGAACAAAUCAAAAAUUUUGCACCAGCACCAGCGGGAGCUUUAGGGUCUUCUUCACUCCUGGCCCACACAGAGCAGCAAGACAGCACGGCACUAGCAUCACGCAUCGGGUGCCAUAGGAUUUCGAGGCAAAUUAUUUAUCAUCACAUUCUGUGUUGCACUUAAAGGGAAGAGGACGAUUUCACGAAGAUUGGCGGGAGGCUUUCCCGCCGCCCUUACCAGAGGAGGCGCUCCUUCGCAUGACUUAUCCGAUGCGUCCCGCUUCCCAAAAAAAACAGCGUAUACACAAGGCAACCGAAAAAUGUAGUCGAACAAAGCAACUUUCAUGACAGACUUUUAAGGUAUAGCGCAGUCAGCGUUGGUGUGUCAGUAGAACUAGCAACCGAAAGCGAAGCGACAGAGGCACACAGCAGCAUCGUACUUACACAAGAAAAACUUUCUUUCAACACUGUAGGAAUCAGAUCACCAUCAUCGUUCAACAUGGGGGGGGCUGUGCCCUCGGUAGCGUCACAUCCAAUCUACACGCUGUGGGUCCCGUGACCUCGCCAGCGCAUAGCAGCACGCCACCAACUGCACAACCCGGCCACCCCGGACGAACCAUCUGCACGCAACACACCUCCUGCGUCAUUGGCUGAAGCUUUCCAUCAUGCGGCCCAAUGGGAGCCGCAGGUCCUGCUCGUAGUUCAGGUAGUCGCCAGAGUACCGGCAGAACAUCACGCUGCCUUGGCCCCAACCGAAGUGGCGAUUUAUUUUCGCCUUUUGCACCGCCGGAAGGGAAUCCCAUUCCAGCCCGGAAUCAUGUAGGUGCAGGCGGACAUGCACUGCCAGCGUCCUCCUAAAGGAGUGGCGGGAGAGCUGGGCAUUGCAAGACCGCAACGCUUCCGCCCUGUCUGCAUCGUCCACGCUCAGGUUCCAGCUAGGCCCAUGUAUCGGGCAAAGGACGUUUUUGAACGCCGGGGAGCAGCAGCAGGGGACGGCUACCGUUCUUCCUGCGCUUUUCUUCACCUUGUCCUUCCCGCAAUGGACUAAGAGCUGGCCACCAACCAGCUCGACAUCAGCAUUGGUGGCCUCGCGCAGUGAUGCAUCACGCCACCCCAGGUAGAUCGGGAGCACCAGAAUCGUACGCAUCGGCUGCGGGAGCCGCACCAGCUCCCUCACACAGAAGACGCGCGCCUGCGUGGGCAAAACUCCACUCAACUCCUUCACGACGGAGUUUUUCAGCUGUUUGAAUCGGCGCUCGAAGUGCACCGAUUCUUCAAGUCGGGAUCUGCUAGCCUCGUAACCUACCGCCGCACUGAGGUAGUUCAGUGCUGACGCAUACGGUUUGCUAACGAGGAACUCAGCGUAGUCAGUCAGCGCGUCCACCGUGAUCACUGCAUCCAUCAAACCACUCCCCUGCUUGUACUGCUGCCACAGCUUGACGUUGCAGUUCGUGGUGUAGUCCUUCUUCAAAGAAACGGACUUUAUCACGCCUUUAAACGGUGCGGAGGAGGACAUCUUGCUUUUGCUCAGCACGUACAGAUUCAAAACCAACUUCAAAAGGAGAAUGCGUACUAGUAGCUUUAAACUAUCAGCAACUGUAACAGAUAGCAACUAUUUCUGAUGUAAUUUCUGUCAGCGCUCAUCUUUUGCAACCCAAGUAUGCUUUACACAUCGGCUCACUCAAGCAACGACAACGACCAGCGAGUGUAGUUUCAUUUCAACGAUGGCAAUAACGAUUUGACGACAUCAGUCGAGCGAUGUACGAUAGAAGCAGACUAUCAUUCGUCAUGCUUCAUCGACGAAAAUACGACUCACGAGAGAAAAGAACAAGCUUCAGCACCAUCAGGAGCUUAAGGGUCUCUGCACUCCUGGCCCAAGCAUCAGCAGCGGGCAACACACACUAUCAACAUCAGUCAGCUACAGCUACAACUUGCAUCGGGUGCCAUAGGAUUUCGAGGCAAAUUAUUUAUCAUCACAUUCUGUGUUGCGUAAAAGGGAAGAGGACGAUUUCACGAAGAUUACCUGUCCCCGGAAGAGCAGCGUGUUUGGAUCGGUAAAAUCCCCAAUCCUACUGAUGUCGUGGAUCCAAAUCGUACAAGAACUCAUAAUGAUCAUAGGCCUACAAAAUAGGUAGGAAAAUCGUGCCAAGUAGCUAGGUUCAUGGAAAAUCAAAAAUGCUUAGGUCACUAGAUAGGGAAAUAGAUGCACAGCACUCACAUGAACACACGAACACACUAGACAGGGCCAAGAUGGCUACUUGUU